CUACAACCAUCGCACGCCUGCCCCGCUUCUGACAACAGUGCUACCUGCAGACUGUUACUUGCUCGCGCUUAAAACACAAAGGUUUACCGAGUCGGAAAAAUGCGUGUAGGUGAAAGGAAUAAGUGAAACUGUUUCGAGCAGAUCCGGAGAUUAUAUCGAUUGUUGGAUUGAUAAGAGGAGGUGACGGUGGUGGUGGUGGUCCAUCCAUUACCUCGAAGAAAAGAACGCAACCACCAUCCAGAGUGGUGUUCUGCGUUGCCAGGGCCAUGAGGGCGGGCAGAGGGCGGCCCCCAUCACCCCACCGUCGGUCGAAAGCUGUUCCUACUGGACCUCCAAGAACGACACCACGGACACCGGCAGUAGACUUGUGUGUUGGUAUGGGAGGCGGGACGUAGCUGCUGCGGCACAAAGCAAGCAAAACGUUCCUAGCCAAGCUACGUUGUUCUAGCUCAACGUGAAUAUUUCAUCUGAGUUAGUGGUGGCAAUAAAUGUUCAUGUUGGGUCCAGUGUUGUGCGUGAGGAAAGAUGUAUGAACAAGAAAAUAAGUUCCUGAGUGAAAACUGUGCUCAUAUCAUGUAACACCACAAAGUAUACAUAUAGAUGGACUUCACGUAAACCUUCGUUGGAGAGUGUGGCCUCGUGACCAUGUGUGAAGGAUAUGUGCUGAGCUCAUGGGAGGUGGUGGAUGUGAACCGUGAAAAUGGUUCGGUGAAGUUACGGCCAGUAUGGACCAAAUGCCCGGAGGAUUAUGGACCUAUCGUGGCCGGCGUAUUUCUCUCCCUGGUGUUUGUGGUGGCCUUCCUGCUUAAUAUGAUGGUGGUAGUGACGGUGGCCACAAGCUACACCCUUAAACGGUACCUUUACUGCCACCUCCUGGUCAACCUGUGCGUCACCUGUCUCGUGGACUGCUUCCUCAACCUAAGUGUCGCCAUCGUGUAUGUCACCACCGCACCCUGGAGGCUUGGCUACGCCGUGAGUUAUGUCAAUGGCUUUACCAUGAAUAUGAUGAAUAGUGAGAUGGCCUUCGUGGUGGUGCUGGUGGCGGGAGAUAGAAUGGCCGCCGCCAGGAGAAAUACAGCUUUCCUUAGCAUGAAAAAGUACAAAAUGUGGCUGGCAGUGAGUCUAACAUGGGUUGUCUCAGCGCUCUUGGCGUCUCCGCUGCUGUUGGGACACGUGCUCAGUAUGCCUUACAGAAACAGGUACUCGUGUUCGGUGGCUGACCCUCAGGACCAAUAUUACCUGAUCGCCCACCUGGUGCUGGUGGUGGCGGCGCCCACAGUGGCACUCAUGGUGAUGGCCAUCUUAGUUGGGCGCACGUUUCACCGUGAACGAAGAAAACAAAGAAGAGUGAAGAACAGUCAGACGUUGAGCUAUUUUGACCAGAUCCUCAUGACGCCUUACUUUAGGAAUGAGUUUUAUCCCACGCUAGCAGCGGGAGGUGUAGUGUGUGGAUAUUUACUUUUCUGGCUGCCGUUCACCACGCUCACCACCAUCUCUCCUAUGGUGACUGACCACUGGAAAAACGACACUUCUCAGGAAAACACAGACGAUCCGUCCACUCUCUUUGUCCCGUCUCUCCGUGUAAUGACUCAGGCACGAGCCAUGCUGGACCAGGGAAAGCUGCACUCACUCAACAAUACUGAAAGUCAGAUCGGCUCAAACAUGGCGACCAAUCUCACCGUGGAGGACACCCUCAUCUCGGAAGUGGUGAGGAGUCCUGUCUUCGACACAGUCGCCAUCUGGCUUCGCUUCCUAUUUAGCGUGUUGGCCCCGGCAGUGGUGUUCCUCACACUGAAGGAGGUGCGGUUCAAAUGCGAGAACCUUAUCUUCUGCUGCAGACCAAGCUCAGUGGAUGCUGCCUCCCCUAAAACCUCGCGGCCUCUUUAUGCUAACACUCAGCGCUCCCAAGGAGGCAAAGAUACCGCAAAGUCAAAUAAGAAGAACAAAAACAGCAACAAAGACACCAUCAACUUCAAAACUCCAAUUCUAUUCUCCACCUCAGAUGGCUUGCACAUCCGCACAGUGGAAGAGACUUUCCAGGAAGUAGUGAACAAACCACUCGGGGCUUUCCCUUGGUCUGCCAACACAGAGCAGGAACCAAAGUUUGUGUACAGUCUUUGUGAUCUUGUUGUGGGAUAUGAAGAUCUGACUGACUUUGAUGGCCAAUUCCAUAUCGAUGACAACUACGACUAUGACAGAGAUCCCGAGGCUGCAGGCUUAGGAGAGGAGAACUCUGUGGUUGUUGGAGCACAUCGUGCCGCUAUGGGCCAAAAGCCACUGCCGCGACCUCCGGUAGAAGAAGAAGAGAUUCCUGAAGAACAGGGAUCUUUAAAAGUUGAUUAUCGGCCUCCGACACCUCCACGAGUACAGGUUGUAGGUAAUGAUCCCGCUGUCAUUGUUGGUGAGACUUUAGAAAACAAUGGAAGGAAUGGGAAAGGGAGGAAGGUUGUCAGAUUUGCCCAAGUGAUUAGCCAGGAGAUUCCUCGCCCUUCCUCCUCUCAAAGCAAUGCUCUUAAUUCAUCGGCCAACAGUUCACGCUCUAGCGACUCUGGUAUAAUCGCAGAUUCAGAGACAGAGGCUUCUAAUGGCCCUCAGCGCUUGAAGCCGAGGAGAAUACUGCCAGAGGCUAGGAGUCUUCCAAAGACAAAAGUUUCUCGGAAGCCUCCGGCAGCUCCCAAAAAAACCCGGAAACCUGGCCCAGCUGGAGGAGGAGCAGGGCGAGGCAGCCGGCGCCCUAUGGUCAGCACUAGAGUGAAGGGCAUCAAGAGUCGCCACUUACAAGCGCAGGCCCGAUCGCCCUCUGUUCCUCGCAGGUUCUCUAAGCCUAGCGAUGUGCCAAGGAGGUAAUGCACAGAAAGGUGAGGCAAAGUGAGACAGAAAUCAACCUUAUCACAUGAAGAACUUCUCUCCUUGCAUCUCAGCAAGUGCCUCCACACACCGAGCCAGGAUUACCGCUCUUGUUGACGAUUGCAUGAGAAACACUGCACGUGGAGACUUGGCACCGCAGGACAGUAAAAUGUUAUUCAAAAUGCCGACAAAUCGUUGUGUAUGAGAGAGAGAGAGAGAGAGAGAGAGAGAGAGAGAGAGAGAGAGAGAGAGACAAUGAUAUUGAACUAAGUUAAGUGUGAUCCUUAAACUUAACAUAAUUAUGAACCACAGCUCACUCGUAGUUCAUAAAUGUUAUCUUCUACAUGAUAAAUUUUUAUUAAUAUCUCAUUUUAGCAUCACACACACACACACACACACACACACACACACACACACACACACACCUUGUUUUUAUAUGAAUAUUGUUAAAUUUGCAAACUAUUUCUUUUCCCCUCGCUCCCAAUCCUAAGUACCAUGUAAUGAAGGCGUGCCUCACUUAACUUAUUGUCCGGUUGUUACAGUUCAAGCCAACAUAAUAUUCACCUCCCAGUACUACACUGAAUCAUUAACUGCAAACUGGUUUCUUUCUAGGUGUCUUUUGGUAUGCUCAUAUUGUUAAUAUAUCUACUUCUACUGUUUGUUCAGUGCUUACCAAAUGUUAUUUGCAGUUUUGUCUUCAGAUUGGUUAACCGUUCCUCAAUUUGAUAUUAGCAUUUAAAAGUCAACCAUAAAUAAAACAGACUUUUCUAAGUCACUACUACUAACCAAAGAUGAAUAAAGUUUUGUAAAGCCUUUACUCCAGUUUCACCAUUCAUGCAGAUUGAAGGACUUCUUGUCAUAACAACACCCAUGAGAAGCCACACACAUGUAGUGCCAAUAUAAUUUUCUUCAUCCAUGACAAAUAACUGAGCAAUGCAUCAGUAUUCUGGUACAUCUUUCACUGGUGUAUGUAUAGCAGCACCACUCUGGAGUGGUCUAUGAUAACAGAUUACUUUUCAGUGUCUGCCUGGUAGGUCUAAUCCACUGUGAUUUAUCAUUCGAUCCUUUUUCUAUCAUUGUCAAGGAUAAACUAUAUGUAAGCACAAUAUAUUUUUAUGAAAAAUAUCUUUGGGUAAAAAUCUCGCUCAUCUUUGUGUAAUAAUACUGCUUACCCGACCACACUUCAUCACCAAAUCCAACAAUCACACAACAUUACAUGCAAUAUUGUGAUUGUGGAAUACGUCAAUUUCAACUAGUGCAGGGAGAUAAAAUUUCUUCCAUUUUCUAGUUAAUUACUGCAUCAAGUUGAUUUAUUAAAAUUCUACCCGUUCUAUUUCUUAAAAUUCAUUGCGAUCGUUCUUGAUUACUGGAAAUACAAUGACUGUGAUAAUCCUAGCGAUACCAAACAGUACUGAAUCGUAAAAGUCCUUGAUAAGUUUACUUCUCUUUUUUUGACUCUGUCUGUAUGCGGUCACUUUAUUAUUAGAUCCGCCAUUAAUGUUCUCUCUGUCCAGAAUGUCGAUGGUAAUAUUCUUGCUCACACCUUUCGUCAUUGCUGUUUUUUUUUUUUUUUUUUUUGUCCAUCUCCUCUUACUGCUUUUGUUGUUACAUUUAGGAUUAAUAUUUAUUGAUAUCUAGUAAUAUAUUUCCGUGUAUAUCCUGCAUAUAUGCUCACAGUCAACUCAGGAGCAGGACAACACAGGGUUAAUUCAAUCGAAACUGGAAAGACGCUGCAGUUUGUAAUAUAUAGACGGGAAGAAAUUAAAGAAGCUGUCUCAGACUCUCAGUGGCCACCCCGUCAGAGAGAGAGAGAGAGAGAGAGAGAGAGAGAGAGAGAGAGAGAGAGAGAUUUUCAGUGAAUGUGUGUACAUAA